AAAUUUUUUUCAAAUUCAUAUUUAGAUAAAGCUAUGUUGCUUCAAACGAAAAAUAAAUAUAAUGACGUGUGAAUUAAUCUGAGCUAAAUCAAUUCAGUGUGAAAACCGUGAAAACCAUGGCUAGACUAAGCAACGUACGGGUGAAACUGUGCGACCAAAUUUUACUGCACAAAUUGAACUUACUGAACAAUGCAGUUGCCCGAGCCGGAUUGACGGAACAGGAAAUGGAGGAAGCGUUCAAGCAGAGUAUCGGUUACCGACCGAGUCGCCUAUCGUGGACCCAGUGGAACGAUGGAACGCUUUCCAUUCUUUACAGCGUAAUUUUCCUGAUAGCGCUCUUUAUUCUCACUCCAUUCCUGGCAUCGUUGAUUGAAGUCAUCCUGGGAACUCGCUGUAUAGUGCCAAACAACUACUUGGUCUGGGAAGCAACGCGUCCGCUAUCCGACUGUGACUAUUGCCGAGGAGUUCAAGGACCGAUCAUUUUGGCUAAUUUGUCCCGGGAGGAUUUUAAACCCUACGCGUACUCCUCAAGACCUAUCAUUAUCAAAAAUGCGAUAUCCCACUGGCCGGCUGCAAAGUUGCUCAAUUUCACUUUCCUGAAGGAUCUCUACUACAAGCACCAGGCGGCUUUGGAUAGUUUUCACGAAGACUGUCAAUAUUUGCACUUCAAAUCCAGUUUUCAAACGCUUAAAGACGUCUUCCGCAUGUCGGAAGACUUCCAGAAAGGCAACAAGCCAUGGUACGUCGGCUGGAGUAAUUGCAAUCCGGUGAUUUUGGCCGAACUGAGAAAGCUGUAUCCAAAGCCGCAUUUUCUUCCGGAGGAUGCCGAAAUGCCCAAUACGGAUUUUGUUUUCCUGGGCUAUGAGCAAGGAGCGGUUAUGCACAUUGACUACAUCCCGCGGUUAAUGUGGCAAGCUCAGUUGCGCGGCAAUAAAAGCUGGAUUCUGGCUCCAACGCCAGAGUGUGACAAUGAAUGUCGUAGCUUCAGCUUUUACGUUGAACCGGGCGAUGCGUUGCUAGUCGACACCAGGCUCUGGUACCAUGGAACGUUCAUCUACAAGGGCGAGUUUUCGCUCACCAUUCAGUCCGAGUAUGGUUAACAUCAUUACCAUAGGUCAGUCGAUGUUAGAAAGACAAACAGUGAACCAACCAUUGCGAUCGUAAUUUGUGUUAUAAGUUAAAACGAUAUUUAUCGAAAUGUUUUGUUUGUUCGUGUGUAGAUAUGUUGUGUGCCAUUUUUUAUUGUAAAUAUUUAAUAAAGUAUAUA